AUGUGCGUUUAUAACCUGUCUGCCUAUGGAAAUAUUAAUAAGAAGGUCAUCUUCGCAACGCCUGGCUACCAUUCCCGGGACCCUAUUGUGCAGGCAAGCUUGGACGGUGAUGUUCCCGAGGGACCAUACUUUCUUGCAGUGGGGACAGGAGCUCUUUACCAGGCUUUUCGGCUAUACCCCGACCACCAGCUCGCGUUUACAGAGGCCGCACUCCGCCUCGGCAUAAAAGACAUCUUCGACCUUGCUGGCCUCCGCACAGGCGGUGGAAACCGCGCCUUCUACAAUCUGUACCCACCGCGCAACAUAACAGCGCCCGCAAUCCAGCGCCUCAUCGACGCGGGUGCCAUCGUCGUAGGAAAAAUGGGGACUGUACAGUUCGCCAACGGCGACAAUCCGACGGCAGACUGGGUGGAUUUUCAUUGUCCGUUUAACCCAAGGGGUGACGGAUAUCAAUCGCCCGGCGGCUCCUCAUCGGGGCCCGCGUCCGGGAUUGCGUCGUACGAGUGGCUUGAUAUCGCUGUUGGAAGUGAUACGGGCGGAUCAAUGCGCAAUCCCGCUGGAUUGCAAGGGAUCUACGGAAAUCGGCCGUCAACCGGAGCUGUUGCCAUGGAGGGGGUUUUGCCGCUAUGCGAUGUGCUGGAUACGGCCGGGGUGUUUGCCAGGGAUGCCAGAAUGCUGAGCACCGUGCUUCAUGCGUGGUAUCAGGACUCGGACAAGGCGUAUAAAGGAUAUCCGAGGCGUUUGUUUUACUCCAAUGCAUCGUUUCCUGAUAGUACGACGGAAGCUGGGGCUCUUCUUGAGGAGGUUGUUACAGGAAUUGAAGGGUUCUUAAGGUUGAGAAGGGAAGUCGUUGAUACACCUUCACGAUGGGCGGAGACGCAUCCGUCUGGGACACCGAGUAAUAUCACACAACUAUUGAACACGACAUACGCAAUCCUCACAUCAGUGCACCAGUAUAAGACCCUGGCCCUGUCUUUUUUCACGGACUACGCAGCCAAACACAACGGCAGUCAACUCUACAUAAAUCCUGGGCCGCGUGUCCGUUGGGCCUGGGGCCAAGAGAACGGCGGUGACACAGGCUACGAGAUGGCCCUCCGAAACAAAACAAUAUUCAAAGACUGGUUGGAAUCACAUGGCUAUGGUGUACCCAAUGAAGAUACCUGCUCGGAGGGUAUAUACAUCUAUCCCUAUUCCACGGGGAAGACGCAGUAUCGGGAUGUUUAUACCAGCGCCCCCACUGAGCCGCCAAUGGGUUUCAAAGACGGUCGCAUCGCAACCAUGGCUGGUGUGCCUGAUGUUGUUGUUCCUGUUGGCGAAGUGUCAUAUGCCUCUACUGUUUCGCUGCGAACCGAGUAUAUGCCGGUGACUAUGAGUCUGGUUGCGGCCAGGGGAUGCGAUCUUAUGCUUGCCAGCCUGGUUAGGGAUUUAGAGAAGGCAGGAAUCCUGAAGGCCGUGGGGACAGGGUCGAGGGUGUAUGAAUGA